GGCCAUCUCGCUCAGUUCGAUAUUUUCAGUGUUGCGAAAAAGGUGUAAACAAGAGUGCUGCUUCCCGGGCGCAUAUAUUAAGAGCCUGUAUUUUGGAUUUGAUCCAAUCACUCGUGCUUCACGUUCGAUCCGAUUCAAGUUCGGUGCCAAAGCCGUUGGCAAUGGAAACCGCUACGGGCAUCAUCGAUGGGCUGGGCGAUACGAAGGGUGCGGCGGACGAAAAGACGAAGCCCCCGGAGGUGCUGGUCGACAAGACCUACCACAUGUCGAACUACGCCAAGGAGGCACUGAAGAUGAUGUUUAUGAUGCGUUCCCACCACAUGCUGACGGACGUGACAUUGGUGAUAGAGAAGGAAACCUUCCAGGCCCACAAGGUGGUCCUCUCGGCGGCCAGUCCCUACUUCAAGGCCAUGUUCACCUCGGGACUGAAGGAGAGCGAAAUGUCACGGAUCACGCUGCAAGGGGUUUGUCCAACGGCUAUGGCCCGAAUCUUGUUCUUUAUGUACACCGGUCACAUACGGGUGACGGAGGUGACGGUAUGUCAGCUGCUUCCGGCCGCCACCAUGUUCCAGGUGCCAAACGUAGUCGACGCGUGCUGUUCCUUCCUGGAGCGACAGCUUGAUCCCACCAAUGCAAUUGGCAUCGCGAACUUCGCCGAGCAGCAUGGGUGCGAAUUGCUGCUCCAAAGAGCCAACCAGUUCAUCGAAAGAAACUUUAAUCAAAUCUGCCACGAGGAGGAAUUCCUGCAACUAUCUGUGAUUCAACUUAUUUGCUUGAUUAAAAGAGACGAACUAAACGUGCAGUGUGAGCGGGACGUUUACGAUGCCGUACUGAAAUGGGUUCGUUACGACGCGGAAAACCGAUACCCCAAGAUGGAGCACAUUCUCUACGCCGUACGGUGUCAACUGCUGACGCCGAACUUUCUCAAGGAACAAAUGUCCUCCUGCGAUGUUCUGAAGCGAGUGCCGGCCUGCCGAGAAUAUCUGGCGAAAGUUUUCGAAGAUCUUACCCUCCACAAACGGCCCUCGGUAAAGGAACGCAAACCGAACACAACUCGAAUGAUUUUCGUAGCCGGUGGAUACUACAGACAUUCCCUCGACACGCUGGAAUGCUACAACGUUGACGACAACGUGUGGACAAUGCUGCCCCGUCUAACGGUACCGCGCUCCGGGCUUGGCGCUGCAUUCCUCAAGGGUAGAUUCUACGCCGUCGGCGGACGGAACAAUACUCCCGGCUCGUCAUACGAUUCCGACUGGGUUGACCGGUACAAUCCGUUAACGGAGACGUGGCGACCGUGCGCGCCGAUGACCGUUCCCCGCAACCGCGUCGGAGUGGCGGUGAUGGACGAGCUGCUGUACGCUGUUGGCGGUUCUGCCGGCUCCGAGUACCACAGUUCGAUGGAAUUCUAUGACCCGGAACUGGACAAGUGGGCGCUGGUGCAGCCGAUGCACUCGAAACGCCUUGGUGUCGGUGUAGCCGUGGUCAACCGGCUGCUGUACGCCAUCGGAGGCUUCGACGGCCAGGACAGGCUCACCACCGUGGAGUGCUACCACCCGGAGAACAACGAAUGGACUAUGGUGCCGCCGAUGACGAUCGGACGCUCCGGCACGGGCGUGGCCGCUCUGCAUCAGUACAUCUAUGUGGUGGGCGGAUUCGACGGAACGCGGCAGCUCGAUUCGGUCGAACGAUUCGAUACCGAGCUUCAGACCUGGGACACGGUUGCGCCAAUCAAAGUUGCCAGGAGUGCCUUAUCUUUGACGGUCCUGGACGGGAAGCUCUACGCCAUGGGAGGUUACGAUGGGACGAACUUCUUGGGCAUUGUGGAAGUGUAUGAUCCCGCUACUAACACGUGGCAGGAUGGAACACCGCUCACCACGGGACGAAGUGGGCACGCUUCGGCGGUCAUUUACGCGCCAUGCAUUACCAAUGUCAUGGAAAAUCUCACUAUAGCUGAAGGAGACUCGCAGGGUGGCAAAGAUGAACGGGGGAAGGACGGAGAUAGCGGGUUUGGCUCUGGCAGUGGCGUUCAACCAAUGGAAUGCGAAGCUUCUAGCUCAAGCGAACCCUUGGGCGCAACCGGAGGGUCAUAUCGCACACAUUAUGAUGGAAUGACAAUCUAUGAGAGUAGUAGCAUCCCAUUCGCAGAUUGCGAACUACUGAAAACACUAUGCGAAGAAACACCUUGCAAUUGUCCGAUCAUAUCAAAUGGGAGGUACCGCACUAUCAGAGACGUACGACGGAAAAAGAGCAUAGCCAAGCCCGCCAAAGAAGCUGAUUCUAGUCAAAACCUCGUGAGACGACAAGCUCCACGAAAUGUGAGUCGCCCGGCGAUUAGUCCCCGAGUGGUCCUCCGGGUAAUGUUCCUUCUUUGCCCUAUGUUCCAUGGCCACCACCACCAACAAAUACAAGAAACAAUAUGGCGCCACCACGUAAUCCUAGUAAUAACCCAUCAGAUAACACUCGACCGGCAAGGCGCGACAAUUCCGGCCGCAAAAGCCCGGAUAAUUGCAAGGGAAAGGUGAAACGGAAAGCAUCCAGCGGCUGGACCGAAGACAACUGCGCCUUCCUGCGGCUCAAGCGACAAAUCACCUCUUUUGUGUCGUCCAUCGUAUCCCAUUGCCCUGCCGAACCGUGCCUUGCCAAUGUGGAAAAUAGGGCAUUGCCUCCUCCUCCUCCGGCGCCGCCUUCGCCUCCGCCUCCUUCUCCGCCACCGCCUCCACCGGCACCUGCGCCAGAACGUCCAGUGCUCCCUCACAUUGUGGUUCCACCACCUCGCUAUGUGCUACAAGGUCGCCUGAACCGUUCGUGUCCUAUGUAGCCCGAUCUUGGCCGUGGCGGAUGAGCCAUCCGAUCCAAUCCCUUGACAACGGUGUGAGGACCUUAAUUCAACAACUUCCUUAGUUCCAUUUCGAGCAAUUCAAAAUUACCCGAAUGAGCAUUCCUUUCCUGCUAGUUUUCGUAUCCUAAGUAGUAAAUUAUUGCCUGUACCAGCGGAAAGAAUUAAUUUUUCCGGUGUCGAAUUAGCAGUUAGAUAUGAUUUUACGCGGUAAACGGUGGCAUUCAUACUAUGUAUGAACGCGCCGUCUAACUUUAGUGGUAUCUGUUAUCUCACUUUUUAUCUGUGCACUCGUACAUGAUAGUGUAUUUGAAGGACGAUCCUGGUUACACCUCUUUUUACGUCCCGAGUAAGAUUUAACUCUUUGAUUGAACUUUGGAAUGCUGUCGGUAAUCCGCAUGAUGUAGAGAUCAAAACUGCGUCCACAAUGCAGACGAAUGAAGAAUAACCAAUAGUUAAGGCAUCACUUUGAAUCCACUAUUCUAGGGACCUAGCUUGUGAAAAGUGUCAUACAACUUGUGUAAAUAUGUCAUACAGAAAUAGGUUUAUAUUAUAAUGACGGUCAAAAUACAACUAUUGUAUAGAAUACAGAAAUCAGAGAAUUGUUU